GUUUCUGUAAUUGCAAGCGGGUUAAAGGAGUUUGUGAUAAAAAGGUCAUGGACAGAGGAAAGUUUGUUACAGACAGAGCGGGCAUUCCAAAGGGCACAGGAAAAGGGGAGGAUGGUUCUAGGAAGAAGAUGAAUGAGGAUAGUAGGUGUCGGGUGUAUUGGUCAAAGGAAAAAGAUGGCUGUCCAGGAUUUGGGGAAAUGUCUCCAGAUGUUAGGAGAAGCAGAAGGGUGAGAGAGGUAAUAUGGAAGUAUGUCUUAUAUGGAGGGACAGGUCCCAGUGUCCUGGAGGUUUUAUUAGUAUGUGGGCUCAGAAUUAGC